GUUUUUUCGGAGCAAUCUCACCCCAUCAGCGACGACUGCAAAAUUCCUCCCAGAGAGAAGAUCUAAAUCCCAUCCAGCUAUGUUCGAUCCUCGAAUAUUUGUACCCUCCGGAAAUGAUAGCCAGAACACACAAGGGAGUAGCCAAUACCGAAGGGGGAACGAUCGCAGAGCUGUUAUUCCCCGUCGUUCUUGGUCUGACCGUGAAGAGGCUGUCCUCAUGGUUGCCAUGAAGGAUUUGGUGGCCCGUGGGUGGAAAUCAAAUAAUGGGUUCCGAGGAGGUUACUUGGGCAAGGUUGAAGAAUGGCUGCAAAAAGAGUUUCCUAGAACUGACUUGAAACCCAAUCCGCAUAUUCAGUCUAAGAUAACGACGGUCAAGAAAAGCUACAACUUACUGGCCAAAAUUCUCGACCGUAGUGGUGUCGGUUUCAAUGUACAUUGAGAUUUUAAGAUCGAUUGCGAAGAUGGCCAGUGGGAUCAAAUCGUUAAGCAAGACAGCGGUGCUCGCGGCAUGCGCACGAAGUCCUGGCCUUACUGGGAGGACUGGAGGUUAUCUUCGGCUAGGACAUGGCAACUGGUGGACAUGAUGAAUGGGUUCCUGAUGCGGCGGCGAAUAGUUCGCCAGAUGCGCCUGUUACAGGUGACAGUAGUGAUUAUCAUUCUAGCUUCGAAGAUUUUCUAGGUGAAGACGAGCAGAUGCAGGCCAUGUUUGCGAAUACUGGUGUUGAUGACAGCAGCACGCAGAGUGGGGUGAACGCUACUGCAAGCAGUGGAGCGAUAGCUAAUGCAAGCGGUCACGCUCCUCUAAAAAACAAGCGCAAACACAAAGUCCGGGAGAAUGAUAACGACAUAGUUGAGCUACUCGGAAAGCUACAUGAGGACACCAACGCUCAUUUGGAGACUUUGGCAUUACGCAUUGGGUACGAGAUAGAUUUUGGUAAAGCAAGGGCGGAGAUCUUUCGUCAUUUUGGCAACAUACCAGAGCUGACCGAGAAUGAAAUGUAUGAUCUGUGCGACAUCAUUGGUAAGGAGAACUCCCGACUAGAGAUCUUCACAGGACUCCCUGAUGCUUCGAAGGCCGGAUAUGCGAAGCGUGUCCUGGAGAAAGAGGGUCGCAUCUAGCUGGCUUUACAUCACCGCCUUUUUUUGUCUUAUGAAUAUUAUGCUCUUUUGGACAAUUUCAGCCUAUAUUAACUGGUAAUGUAGUAAGAUAACCGUUUUGUAGCUCAAACCGUACUGUUAGUUUUUGUGUGGCUGUUUUAGGAUGAUGUUUUGGUAAUGUAAUUAAGAUCUACGCUAAGACCUCUUAAAACUAA